GCUUUGCUUUGGUGCAGGCAUCAUGGAAGAUGAGGCAUGGCUCCGCUCCAAUCACGUGACUUACUGCAAUCUUCAUCGGAUACUCCAAAGCGACACGACCUGGAUGAAAAAUGUGAUGACUAAUGGAUUCGACUGAACUAGGAGGGGCAGUCAUAAAUCGAACUACAGGCCAAUUUCCCCGCUCGCUGCUACAGCAGAACACACAUGAUGAUCGAGUUCAAUUCGAAGAUGGAUCCGAAAUAGAGAGUCAAACCGAGGCCCAAGACGAAGUGAAACGCAUGAUGUAUCGGGUCGAGGAGAGACCAUCAAUCUUGAUGGCGGUUAUUUUUGGAUUCCAGCAAGUCAUGGUGUGUAUUAACACUUGUGUUGGCCUGCCAUUGCUCGUAGCCCCUUUCAUUUGUGCCGGGGAUCUGAACCUUGUAAAAGCCGAACUCGUCUCUACAUUCCUCGUCACAUGCGGGAUAGGCACAUUUCUCCAGACAACAAUCGGCGUGAGGCUUCCUAUCAUGCAGGGUGGAAACUAUCUCAUCCUCCCAGCCGUUGUAAGCAUAUUAUCAGUUGACCAGAUGCGAUGCCCAGAUCUCGCUCGGGGUAAUGAAUCAAUUCUGUCGAAUCAUUCACUCUUCAACUCCACAUUGAAUGCAACUCGUCUUAACGAAACAAACAUAGAUCGAACAGAAGUUUGGCAGAUUCGAAUGAGAGAGCUCCAAGGUGCAAUGAUCAUGGCGUCCCUCGCACAAUUUCUUCUUGGUGCAUCAGGCAUUCUCAACACACUGCUGCGGUUUGUCGGGCCCAUCACGGUAACGCCAGUUAUCAUGCUUAUUGGUCUAUCACUCUUCCAAUAUGGCACGGACUUGAUGCAGAAAUAUUGGGCAAUCGGAGCAAUGACUACUGCUCUACUGGUCAUCUUCUCCAUAUUCAUGCGUGAACUCAAAACUCCCGUGGUUAGCUGGUCCAAAAAGAGACGUUUUCAUGUUGUCUGGAUACCCUCAUUUAAACUAUUCCCUAUUCUCCUGAGCCUGCUGAUUUCGUGGAUAGUAUGUUUGAUCAUGACGGCCACUGGUUCAAUCACGGAUGACCCGAGUGAUCAUGCCUACACGGCAAGGACUGAUGCAGCUCUUGACGGGUUGUACCAGGCAAAGUGGUUCUUUGCACCAUACCCAGGUCAGUGGGGUCUUCCCACCGUGAGUGUGACAGGCUUCCUCAUCAUGUUCGUGAUCUUCAUUGGCUCUAUGAUCGAGUCGGUCGGUGACUACUAUGCCUGUGCCAGAGUCUGUGAGGAGGCACCACCACCCCUGCAUGCGAUCAACCGGGGACUGGCCAUGGAGGGUUUUGUAUGUCUAAUAGGUGGCUUGUACGGCUCAGGCGGCGCACUGACAUCCUAUUGUAGCAAUAUCGGCGCCAUUGCGAUAACAAAGGUGGGAAGUCGACUGUGCUUUCAAAUAGGCGGACUGAUAUUCGUCCUGUGUGGAGUGAUAGGUAAACUCGGUGCCGCAUUGGCCAUGAUACCUGAACCUGUUCUCGGUGGACUAAUAUUCACUCAGCUAGCUUUCGUCGUGGGGACGGGGAUGUCCAAUCUAAGUCACGUGGAUCUCAACUCCAGCAGAAAUCUGUCUAUUUUAGGAUUUUCGGUGACACUCGGUCUGGCGAUACCGUCAUGGCUUAGCCAUGGAAACUCUUUCGAAACUGGCAAUGACCAAGCCGAUUUAUUUCUCAAUGCCUUGCUGUCCAACGCCCUCUUUAUCGGAGGCAUGACAGCGGGUUUCCUUGACAACCUCGUUCCAGGCACUCUUCGAGAACGCGGUAUGUUGAACUCCGCUCGUGGCACUGACGAAGAUGCUCAAGAAGAGGAUCACCUCAAAGGAAGCUUACGAGUCUACGAUCUUCCCUAUAUCAUGCCUUGGGUUAGGAGCGUAAAAUUCUUCAGAUACAUUCCAUUCAUGCCGACCUUUGACCCAGAAACCUUGACACCUUUCAAAAAAUGUCGAAAGAGGAAGGGCAGUAAGAAGAGAGGCCAGAAUGGUUUGGCGAAAGUCGUGAGAGCUCCUGUAGGGGCAAACUCUAGUGACGUUUAACGCUGCAAGGACGGCGAUUAUCAGUCAAACCUGAGGGAACCUAAUAUGCGGCGUAAAUAAUAAUGUAAUGUAUUCACAAAUGUAUCUUAAUAGCAUUCCGCGAAGAUGAGGUCACUGCAGCUGCUGCCCUCUAUUUCCCCAUCGCUGAAUUACAGGCAAUGUCGGACAAACAUGCGGUUUCGUAAUUGAUUCAGGCUUUCUAACUAGGGCAGUUAGAUUCAAUCUGGCACAUGUCCGAGUGUUGGAAAUACUACAUAAUUGUUCUGAAUAUUUCUUUCUCUGACUCUAUGGUAUCAUUCAUGCUAAAAACAAUGCAGGGUCAAAGAUAAUUGACUUUGAAAUAAGCUCAAAUGCGUAGAAAUAAGUGUCGAUGUCCGACUGUCACGUGACUAAAACGUCAUCAAUUUCUUAUGCAAAUGACCUUGUGAGCUAUAAAUAGUAACUUCGCGGAAUGCUAUUACCAUAGCUUCAGCAGCCGGCGGCCGUCUCUACUGCACCACGAACAAGUGUUCUGAUAAUGUGUCUUUGUCAUCAACAGCCAUGUAUACAAUCGACGAUUAUAUACACAAUCUUAAAACGUGCUGUAAGUGUAUGCCUUGCCUAGCUUACCGCUGAUCGAGAUACAAAUAAUGACUGCGGUCAGAACAUUGGCGCUUCCGAGAUUUUGCGUAUUAUCAGCUGCGGUUUCUGCCAAAGCAAACACCUCAAAACUAUUCAAGUAAUGUCCCAACUGAUAUAGGGUAUCGAUUGUGCAAAUACAAAUUGACAUACUCACCUGACAAAUGUAACCAGAUCAAAAUUUUGCUAUUCGGGUCCUUCGGAUAACAAGUUGCCGAACAUGUUGUCGAAUGUUGUCAUGUGUAUACAGCGCCAAAUUUUUGUUGCCCAGGUGUGUUGCCGAGAUGUUUCCAAAAAUGUUACCGAAAAUGUUGUCAGUGUGUACAGAGCUGAGGACACACACAGAAAUUGGUUAAAUUUUCAGCUAGGUUGACCCCCGUGCUCCUAGUCUAAAAGGACCCAAACAUGCUCCCUGUAUAGCAGGUCUCCCAUAGCACAAGUUUAUGUGGCCUGUCUGACUUGGCAUACAGUCAUGUUUUCGAGUUAAGAGGUGUUUGUUUUCGGUGUAGGCCCAGGGGCAGUGAUGUUGGGAAGUUGUUGUGGUUGGCCUUGGGCCAUCAUGUAGGGUUGGAUUUUGAUCCACUUAUUUCUACUUUCACUCUGGUCCUUCUAAUAUCGGUGUUGCAGGGAUGAUUAGUUAUUUAUCGUUAUAUAAGUAUAGGAAGAGACUAUUUGGCAAGCCCGGCUCACCAAACAGCGCCUUUUUUCUGUCCCAGAUGGAGAGCCGAACUCAUGCAUAUUCAACCAUCCAGGAGCUCAUUAUCAUUCGUGGCAACACGGUCAGCAACACUGGAGUUACAGUGAAACGCCUUUAGAAAUGCACACUAAUGCAUUUAACAUGCUUAUCAGUUAAAUCACGUUUAUGACUUUUUUUGUAAAUCCAUACAGUCAUGUACAUGUACAUGCUUCUUCAUGGAUUAUUGACCAAAACCCGAGUUCAGUAACAGAAAUUGAAUCGAGAGCGGGAAGUCGGCCAUUGUUAAAUAUGCGCAUGUAAAUUCGAAUAUGACGUCACUGCUCUCUGAUUGGCCAACAUGUUGUAACCUCUCCGGCUUGCCGAACAGGGUGGCUUUUUAGUGCUGUUUGGCAAGCGGCUCUCCAAACAGGACAAAAAAAGAUGCCUGUUCGACGAGCGGCUUGCCAAAUAGACCCGGUGUAACCAUCUGUGGUUGUUCCCCAUGUGUCAGCGUUUCCAAACAAUAGGCAGCUAGAGAGACCACGACUUUUCAAUAGGGGGGAUACACAGAAAAACUUGUCAAUCUAUUUUUGAGCGUUCCCAAACAAUGAGGGGAAACACUCACACACGGGAAACACUCACAUAUAUUACACCGGCCAUAAGUAUAUACGCCCUUCAUUUCAUUUCUACAUGCUAUGCAUGCAUGCAAUGCACGAGGUAAUGCAUGCGUUAAUGCAUUAGCUAGGCCCUGGCCUUAUUUGCUUUUAGGAUAGGCUCAUGUCGUGUAAGGUGAGCGCAAGCAUUUACACGCCCUCAGUGGCUUAUAGAUUUGCCGUAUAGGCCUAUUUACAUUGUACUGGUUUUAUUCAUAUUUUAGGUGUUCUGACUCAUGAAACAUGUCUUCGUUGUAUGUACAUUAUUAUUAAUAAACAUUUAGUUGAAGUUGUUUCCCA